CCCGAUUAAAUCCCCAAAUCAUAAAAUCCCUCAAAUUAGAAAUAUCCCUAAAUCAAAAACCCUUCCUCACGAACACUAGUUGCGAGAAGAAAGUUACCCGAAACCUCUAAUUGCAAGUUCAUUGAUCUUCGUCUAUGUCAGUUCUAGAGAUCGAGAUGAACAAUGUUCCUAUUGAUGAGGAACCCGAUGAUGAAGAUCAAGAAGACCAAACCGCACGAAAUGAUUUCAACAUCGAGCAAGUAGUAAUCGAUUUCAUCGAUGAGCCGUGUAUUCGUCACGAUGUCAUUCCCGACAGUGACAGUGAUGAAGACGACGAUGUUCAACGGGGUAGAGAUCGUAACGAGAUCAUACGUGGUGAUGGGAAUUUGUACAUGGACCAAGUGUUCUACAAUAAAAUCGCGUUUAAAGAAGCUGUCCUUGACUACGCUCUUCGAUUAGGUAGGAAUAUCAGACAGUACAGGUAUGAUAAAACAAAGCUUGGGUAUCGUUGUAAUGUUGAUGUUUGCGGAUGGCGUAUCUAUUGCUUUGUUAGUUCUAAGUCUGAUAAGUGGCAAGUUACAAGAUUUAUUGAAAAGCAUAGUUGUACUGUUAAUGGGGAGUGUGAGCUUAUUAGAGUGCCAGUGAUUGCAAGAUUGUUUCUUGACAAGAUUCGGGAUGAACCUGUUUACUUUAUGCCAAUGAAGAUUGAAGAACUGUUAAUGAAAAAAUGGAAGAUUAGUGUAUCGAGGCCUCAAUGCCAAGAUGCUAGGCUUAAAGCUUUGAAAUGGAUUGAUAAAGAAUAUGAUGAGCAAUUUGCACGGAUUAGAGAUUUUGGUGCUGAGAUAGAAGAAUCAAAUUCGGGUUCUACGGUGGAAAUUGAUACGCUAACAAAUGAGAAUGGUGAGGAUGAAUUCAAUAGAUUCUACGUGUGCUUUGACAUUCUUAGAAGAACAUGGAAGGAGUCUUGUAGGCCAAUAUUAGGAGUAGAUGGUUGUUUCGUAAGAGGAAAAACCAAAGGUCAGUUGUUGGUAGCUUUAGGGCGAGACGCGGACAACGCUAUAUAUCCAGUGGCAUAGGGCAUUGUUCAAGUGGAGAAUGGCCCUAAUUGGUUGUGGUUUGUGAACAAGAUUAAAGCUGAUUUGGGACUAAAAGAUGGUGAAGGAUACAUAUUGGUCUCGGAUCGUCAAAAGAUAUUAAUGUUUAUAUUGGUUACUACUUUGUUUUCUACUAUGUUUUAUCUACUUUAACUUGUGGUUCUGUUAUAGGGAUUGAUUAGAGCUGUGGAGAUAGAGUUACCUCAUAUUGAACAUAGGAUGUGUGUGAGACACAUAUAUGGGAAUUUAAAGGCAAAUCAUGGUAAGAAAUCACAGAUGAAGCCGUUUAUCUGGAAUCUAGCAUGGAGUUACAAUGAGGCUGAGUAUAGAGAAAACCUGGAGAAAUUGAAGCAGUAUGAUAUGUGGUGUAGAGAUUUCUACAAAAUUGGCCACUAUGUUGAAGAUGUUGAGAACAACUCCACAUAAUCAUUUAACAACACGAUAUUCAAAGCAAGAGAGAAGCCAUUGGUACCUAUGUUAGAGUGCUCGACUUGCCAUGGUACGUAUUGCCAAAAGAAGUGUUAAAUCUCAUGAUCACAAGGGUUUAUGUACACCAUAUGUGGAAGAAUAUCUUGAAAAAGAGCUUGAAGAUGCUGCAGAAGUUAAGGUUCACAGAAAUACAAAUAAGAUGUUAUGCAUUGUGGGGUAUGUGGUGCGGCUAAUCACAACUCUAGGUUUCAUAAGAAGAAGAACGAGGUUCCUCAAGGUGAACCUUCUCAAGGAACUGUUACGCAGGAAAUGAGCUUGAACUGAGUUUGGAGAUAGGGUAGAAGAAGCUUUUGGUCUGUUUUUAGGGUCUGUUUUUCAUUCUUCUCAAUUGUCUUUGUUAUGUUAUUGCUCUGAGACAAAGCAUAGACAAAGAUUCUGUUUGAGUUUAUUUUUUUGACAAUAGUGAGAUCAGUUUAGACAAAGAUUCUAAACCUUGUUCUUGA